AUGGCGGGGCGAGCAGAUCCAGCUUCAUCGCCGCAAGCACGCUUGAGGACUCAAGCCGCCAAGGGAGCGUGGCGAAGCGUUCAAAAUUUCAAAUUUUUAGGCUUUAAAUCACCCAGCCAUGUUGGCAAUCGCUCUUUCAACAUUGUGAUUGAAAUUGAAAUCACCACACUGAAAUUUCCAGUUUAUAAUUACAUGGAUCUGUAUGUGUCUUAUCUUGAAACAAAGAGAAUUUUGCUUGACAUUUUUAAGGAAAAGCAGAAGAAAAGUGCUGAAGCUUCUACAAUACCAAGUUUCUACAAGAAGCUUGUUGAAAUGUCUCAAGUUCAUGUGAAACGAAAGAGAGCAGAUUGGAGUGAUAAGAAUCUUGGAAUUUUUUUGAAAGUGUGCGUUGAAGAGGUACGUGCUGGGAAUAGACCUCACACUCACUUUACAAGAACUGGAUGGGCAAAUAUACAAGCCAAGUUCAACAAUGCCACAAAGUUAGCAUAUGAUUAUAAAAAAUUUAAAAAUAAGUGGGAUCAUUUGAAAGUAGAUUGGGCAUUAUGGACAAAGCUUAAUGCAAUAGAAUCAGGUCUUGGUUGGGAUGCAACUAAGAGAACAGUAGCUGCUAGUGAUGAAUGGUGGGAGGCCAAAAUCAAGGAGAGUCCUGAGGUUGGAAAGUUUAGAGAUGAAGGUCUGAAAUUUUUUCCUGAGAUGGAAAUUUUAUUCAAGGGUGUAGUUGCUACUGGUCUUGCAGCAUAUGCUCCAUCUGAAGAUUCAAGAGACUCUCACGGUCAAAGCAUUGGAGUGGAAGAGUCAUUUGAUGCUGAUAUUGAUGAGGCCGAAACAGAAGAGCAUGGGAUUGAGGUAGAAAUGACAGCGCAACCAUCAUCUUCAAGGGGAAAUGGACAAAGGAAGAGAGGUAGAGAGGGUGAGAAGAAAGUUGGGGCUACGGCUAACCUCUCUAGUCAAUUGGAACGUGUUAUUAAUAGCUUUGAGUCAAGUGAUCCUGGAUCUAAAAAUGAUCCUGCUAACAUCAAUGCAUGUGUAGAGAGGCUAAAGAAUCUACCAGGGCUCACUCGUGGGAGUGAUUUAUUUUACACGGGCAUUAGUCUUAUGGACAAAAGGGAGAAUAGGCUUAUCUUUCUUUCCUUAGAGGAGCCUACACUGCAGCUUGGAUGGAUUAAGUCUAAACACAAAUAGGCUUAUUUGGAUAUGUGAUCUUAUAUGGUCUUGUUUGGA